AUGAGGGCUAUUGAAACGUUUCUCAAAUACGACGGCAGUUUGAAAAGAUUCUGGCCGGGCAGUGACAGUGAGUUUGGUCUAGUGUCGUUUCACUCCUGCAACCACUUACUGGGACGACCACCGCAUUUCGGAGACCAGGAGAGAGAGGACGCUCUACAUGCUCAGGCAAUGCUAGCUGGUUAUGCCUCUUGUCAUGGACAGGCUUCCUAUCAAGGGUUCUCGACGUUCAACGAGAUCACCUACCCGCUGAUAAGUCAACACGUGGUCACGGAUGGCAGGCAGUUCUCGUUCUAUGUCUACCAACUGAACACAACUCUAAUGAAUGCUGAUCACGUGGACACCAAUCCAAGGGUCAAUGUCUGCCAUGCUAUGCCUGCACAACAACUUUACCAGCACAUCAUUGGCAACGAGUUUGUUGGCUGGGAUGACAGCGCUCUAAGAAUGCUGAUAUUGUUCUACAUGAACAAACCAGAGCAACGCGAUUAUGACAUGAAACCAAACGUGGACAAGAGCGAGUCCCAUGUCAAACACAUCACAGACAUCGACGAACGAAGGAAUUGGCUGCAUAACGAGUUCCGCUACAUGUACUCCAAUCGUCCCAGACACCAGCUGCCUUACGAGAUAUUCGACUGGGAGUGGAUUUACAAGAUUAAAUUCAUGACACGACCUUUCGAGAGACGCAAUCGGCCCUUUGAAAGGUGGGAGCAUCCCCUUCGACAGCGCACCUAUAAGGACUACCUGCCCAAGUACAUCCCCAAAUCUAUUCGCUACCCUCACAAGCCAACUCAGGAGAAUUACAACACUUAUUUCCCGGAUGCUUUCCCAGAGGAGGACGGAGAUAGGAAACUCUGAGUGAUCAAGUGAGAAAGAAACUACUACUCUGGGUAGACAGAGAAAUCUGAGUAGAUAAGAAGAUGUGAGUGAUAUAGAAACUACUCUGAAUGAGAAACUACUAACCAAGUGAUAAACUACUAUUGCCGUUUCAGAAGUAUAGUGAGGCCCGCAUUAUAAAGUCAAUACCUGGCUAACAUUGGUGUUGCUAUCCUUGUACAUCAAUCGACUAAGCAGUUAGCGAUAUCCUAUUCCACCUCCGCAUCGUUGCCAGAUCGUUCUUAAACGAUGUAGAAAUAUAAUAAAUUAACAAAAUAUUCAAUCUGUAAUAAUAUUUUAUUAAAAUUCAAUUUAUUAUGAAAAUUGACUGUCGAAUCAAUGAAAAAUAUUUUUUCUUGACAAAUAAAAUAUAUAGAACAUAUAUAAAGAAGAAUGAACAGUUAAUAUUACAUAAGAUAUACCGGUAUCAGCUAUCCUCUAUAGAAGGAAGUUGCAAGGCAGAGAUUUGGCAAACACUGUUCUACUAUCUUUCUCCACUGCCAUAAUAACGUGGACCUCACUAAAGAUUUAGGUUAUAAUGUCAGUACCUGAUUAACAUUGGUUUAGGCUGCAAAACUAGAAUAAACACGUCAUUUAUGAAUAAAUAAAUUAUUGGAAGCUACGAGAACCGAAUGAGAUGUCUUUCAGAAAAUAAGGCUUUUCUGAUUGAUUCUCUUCUCUUGACAGUUAAUCACGGUCAUAUUCUAGUUUUUUUCCCCUUGUAGAGGGAUUCACGUUAUAAAGUCAGUGGAAAAAAUAGGACUAAAGCGUUGCUGAUUUUCAGAUUCCCACCGCCUUCCUGUACUGGAUAGCAUUAAUUAAUCAAGUCAUCCUGGUAUAUCUGAUAUGAUAUUGAUUGUUGAUUCAUUCCAAUAAUGAUUCAAUACGGUAAUUAUAUCUCAUUCGUCAAUUAAAUUAUAUAUAUCCGCUAUUUAGUAAUGAAUUUUCAUAAUUGAGAUUAAAUAUUAGGUGGGUAACUCAAUAUAUUUCUUUGCAGCCUGCAAACAAUUUGGCGACUGUGUGGAGUUGGAAGGAUAUAUCCAUCUGCUUUGUCUAAUGACAGACAAGGAUAGCGAAUUAAUGUUAUUCAGAUGUUGACUUGAAAACGUGAAUCUCACUAUAGCAAGCCAUAGCAGCAACUAAUCAAAAUCAUGUUUGGUUAAUUUCAUUCUUAUGAGUCGUUUCAGAAUUAUUAUCAACUAUAACUAUACGUGCGUCUUGGAUGCGCUGAAUUUAUUCUGCUCGUUUCGAGAAUGCAUGGUAUAUUACGGGAGUGUCUAUUUCGCUCGUAUUUCGUAUAGUUUACCCUAUUAAACAUAAUGCAUAGGUACAGUUGUUAACAGGUGAAAAAGCUCAGUGUGUCCAGGAUCCCUGUAUAGUUGAGUAUCUUAGAGAUUGUAAUGAUUUUACAACUAGCUUGAGUAUCUCAAUUGUGUUCUUGAUAUCAUUAAUUGUAUCUGAAUAUAAUCAUUGUUUAAUACAUGGAAUAAAAUUGUUCUAUUGUAGAA